ACUUGAUCCCACCGAACUUCGCAAGAGAAUAAAAGGGGGGCGGACCAAUAUAUGAAAAAGCGGUCCGGGCAGGGCCGCAUAAGGCGUCAUUAAAUGCAGUGUUAACUGGGCUGUGGGAAGGUAUUGGUCAUGCAAAAAUUCUGAUUGGACGAUUGAAAUGGGCUCAAAACGAUCACUAGGACCCACUCUGAGAUCUUCUCUUGAUCACAUUUGAGCCCACGCAAUAACCAGUCUUUUGGAGCAAUGGGUAACCUUCUUGCAAAGCGAUCAGCAAGUGAAGUACAUGGCCCUCCUGGAGUUCCUACCGAGCACAGCCAAAACGCUUGUCAGAAGGACGAAAAUGGCAUGACUUCAAUGCAACUUCCAUGCUAUCCCAAACCGCCAAGUCAUGGAGGUGCAACUGAUACGAUCAAUGGUAUUGUCAUCGAAGAUCCUUGGCGUGCAUUGGAAGUGAUGGAGAGUGAAGAAACCAAGAACUUCAUCAAAGAGCAAAAUGAGUUAUCGCAUUCGUACUUGCAUUCAUCAUCACGCAAAUCAUUCGAGGAAAUCGUACAUUCUACAAUCAAUCAUCCUCGAUCAUCUUGUCCAGAAUUGCAAGGCGAUGGAUUCUACUACUGGAAGUACAAUCCAGGCGAAGCUGCUCGUGACAUCAUGGUACGAUCGCGAACGUUGGAGUUGAGCUUUGGCAAAGGACCUACGGAUAAGAAUGGCCCGGAGCUAUUUUUUGAUCCGAGCAAAAUACCCAAUACAUCUCUGUAUAGCUAUUCAUGGAGCCCAAGUGGACGCUAUUUCUGUGCAAUUCUACAAGAGUCUGGUUCGGAUUGGCAAACGAUUCGUACAAUUGAUACGAGAACGAUUAAGUUUGUUGAUAGUACGCUAUACAAAUCGAAAUUCGUCUUUGGAGCAUGUUGGGUGCAAGAUUUUGGCUUUAUCUACAAAAGGAUGUUGAACGUACCGCUAGAUGUCCAUGACGAGAAUGCGGAUGGUCAAUUCGGUUUAUUCUACCAUACACUCAACACACCACAAACACAAGAUGUCAAUAUCUGGAAAGGCACUGGAGCAGAAGCGCAAUUGCUUACUGUUGAAAGACCAUAUCUGUGCACUGCAGAUCCAAAAGGAUGCAACCAAAGAAGAAGUUGGCUUUUUUUUGAUGUGUAUCGUAACACAAAUCCAGAAUGUGAGGCAUUCUUGAUUGAACUUCCAGAAAUAUCCUCUAAAAUGCCUGUCAUCAUUCCGGAAGAUUUGCAGAAACUAUGCUUUUCCGAACGUAGAUGGAUUUCACGUGGUUAUGGAGGUGAAACAAAGUACAUCGGAACAUUGUCCGAUGAUCGACUUUUAUUUUUGUCAACGUCAGAUGGGUGUAGUAUUGGACGUGUUAUAUCCGUUUCUUCUGAGUCAUUCGAUCAAACAUCUGCUGAUGGACAGCUCUCGGUUGAUCUAUUGGUGCCUGUACAUCAAGAAGGGUAUGUACUUCAAAAAGCUCGCUUGGUCGGCGAUAGCCUUUUGGUGCUCGUAUACCUCCGUCAUGUUUGCGCUUUGGUUACUUUUGUUGAUGCCCGAACAGGUGAACAACUCGCAUACUCGGACUUUGAAAGCGGUGUAUCAGAGGCAGGCCUCUUACCUGAUGAUGAGAAAGACUCAAUCAUCCCAAAGUACUCUUCUAUCAAAGCCGUAUUAGCACGUUCUGACUCCGACGACUUCUUUAUGAGUGUGGAAACCUGGAUAGAGCCACCAUUUGUCCUACGUGGAUCAUUUGACAGAAAGAGCCGCAAAAUUCACCUUCGAAAAGCUAUCAAGGCAAAUAAAGGACGCAAUAUACCUGUUGAUGUGGUUUGCAAACAAGUCUUUUAUCCCAGCCAUGAUGGUAUUCAGAUACCAAUGUUCUUAUGUCAUAGCCGAUCGUUGGACCUAUCAAAGCCUCACAAGACGCUCUUGCACGCUUAUGGAGGUUUUGCUGUUCCUAUGCUUCCUCAUUACGAACCGUGGUUCAUGGCUUUUGUUCAUCGGUUGGACGGUAUCUUGGCUGUAGCAUGUAUCCGAGGUGGAGGAGAGUAUGGUAGAAAUUGGCAUCAAGCAGCAAUAGGUCUACAAAAGACAAACUCUUUCGAGGAUUAUGCCAGUGCAGCACGAUAUUUGCAUCGUGAAAGUCUCUCUAAACCAUCUUCAACAGCAACUUUUGGAACAUCUAAUGGUGGCACUCUGGUGAUGGCGACUGUGAAUCGUAAUCCUGAAUUGUUUCAAGCAUGUAUGGCAGAUGUAGGCAUUGCUGAUCUCAUCCGAUUUCCACUCUUUACCAUUGGACGAAUUUGGCAAUCGGAAUACGGUUCUCCAACGGAUCCAAAGAUGACGCAAUUCCUUCACGGAAUUUCCCCUUUGCACAAUAUUGAUCCAAAAGAUGUACAUCCGUAUCCCGCUUUGCUGGUCACAACAGCUGACAACGAUACCAGAGUCAUUCCCGGCCAUUCUCUCAAAUACUUAGCGGAAGUGCAAACGAAGAAAGCACACAAUCUUAAUCCAUUCCUAGGUCGUAUUUACAUUGGAGCUGGUCAUGAAGCCAAUAGCAGAUCGACGAAAGAGAGAAUCGAAGAAGCUCUCGAUCGACUUACGUUCUGCUCAUUGAUGUUGCGAGAAUGAUGAUGGUUACGAUAAGAGCUAAUCAAUCAUUUCACGAACAGACAAUUUUCAAGGGUGUAUUAAUGCUAUUUUAAAGGUAUUGUACGUUAGAGAAGUAGAAAUAUAUGCUCUGCAUGUAAUGAUGUGUAUUGGAAAGGGUUAUAAAGUUCAUUGGUGAUAAGAAUUUAGAAUAUCUAAAUCUGCUCAAAGGAAAAUAAAGAGUGCACCGCACAUUCCCGCGAUCGACAUGGUAAAUAAGGCAAAGAUGGAAGGUAGUG